AUGGGCGAGCAUAACCCACACCCUUCAAAAAUCCCCUACUGGCGUCAGGUCGCCCAGCCUGGAGUCGUAACCCAGGAGAUUAUCGAUUACCCGUACGACGGUUUGGGCACCGAGAAUGACCCUUAUAUCGUCGAAUGGCUUCCAAAUGACCCCCGAAACCCCCUCCUCUUUUCGAACACGAAGAAAUGGUUCAUCACCAUGCUUGUCGCGAUGACCACCCUGGCCGUAGCCUUGAUAUCCUCCGCGUAUACCGGAGGCGGGAAUCAGAUAAUGCGAGAAUUUCGCGUUGGCACGGAAGUUAUGACCCUCGGCGUGUCACUUUUUGUUCUCGGCUUUGCGAUCGGUCCCCUACUUUGGGCUCCAUUGAGUGAACUAUUUGGUCGCCAGAUUAUAUUUUUUGGAACAUAUAUGGCCUUGACCGCGUUCAACGCCGGGGCGGCUGGAAGUCAAAAUAUUUGGACUUUGAUCAUCCUUCGGUUUUUUGCCGGUUCUUUCGGCUCAUCACCAUUGACAAAUGCGGGUGGAAUCAUUGCCGACAUGUUUUCUGCCUCCGAGCGUGGUUUGGCUAUGGGAAUGUUCUCUCUAGCUCCAUUCUUGGGGCCAGUCCUUGGCCCUAUUAUUGGCGGAUUCAUCGGCAUGAAUGAGGGUUGGAGGUGGGUGGAGGGGUUUUUGGCCAUUUUUUCGGGCGUGCUGUGGAUUUUCGGCUCCUUGCUGAUUCCCGAAACCUAUGCGCCUGUGCUUCUCCGAAAGAGAGCCGUCACUCUCUCAAAGCUUUCCGGGAAAGUGUAUCGCAGCCGGAUAGAUAUCGAUCAGGGCCGUGUCACUGUCAGGGAAGCAUUUAUUACAGCCUUAAGCCGUCCAUGGAUUCUCUUACUCCGGGAGCCAAUCGUGCUUUUGCUCUCCAUCUAUUUGGCCAUUAUCUACGGGACUCUUUACAUGCUUUUCGGCGCAUUCCCCUUUGUCUAUCAACUUAUUCGCGGCUGGAACGAAGGCGUCGGGGGCCUCGCAUUCUUAGGAAUCCUAGUCGGAAUGCUCAUCGCAGCCGUCGUCAAUUUUAUUGAUAAUAACAGUCGAUAUCUCCCUAUCGCGAGGAAGCACCACGGAUUUGCGCCACCCGAAGCUCGUCUGCCACCGUCUAUAAUCGGAGGCAUCGCUAUUCCCAUAGGGCUGUUCUGGUUCGCAUGGACCAACGAUCCUUCUAUCCACUGGCUCGCUUCAAUAGCGGCGGGUGUGCCCUUUGGAUUUGGAAUGGUGCUCGUUUUUCUGGGGGUGAUGAGCUAUCUGAUUGACGCAUACACCAUCUACGCAGCCUCGGUUUUAGCAGCUAGCUCGGUUCUCCGGUCUCUAUUUGGCGCAGCAUUCCCACUCUUCACACGAUACAUGUAUGAAGACCUGGGAAUCCACUGGGCAUCCAGCAUCCCGGCGUUUUUGGCACUCGCGUGUGUUCCGUUCCCGUUCCUCUUCUACAAAUAUGGCGGCAGCAUUCGGAAGAAAUGUCGAUUUGCUGCAGAAGCGGAGGAGCUCAUGCAUCGUUUCCAACAAGGCCAUUCUCAGCAGAAAGCCAGUAGCAUACAGGGAGAAGAGGCGGAGGGGUCGGCUGAAACCACUGGCGACGAAGCCGAGAAGUCUCGUCCUCUAGGCAAUGCGAGGGAGACCGGCGGCGACGACGGCUACUUUGCGCAACCCACUCGGUCUCUCAGCAGGCAAGCAACGCACCGAACGCACCGCACACACCGAGCAGGCUCGGUGGGGUCGCAAGUCGCCAGCGAGUACGAGGGAAACCCGUUUGAUAUCGACCGCGUAAACACCAGGACAUCGGUGAUGUCUGGGCGGCGAGUAUCAACUUCAAAAAGAUGA